UCACAAUACCUUCUGUUGGAAUUCAGAUUAUGUAAGAAGGAGCAGAAGAAGUUGCGCAGACGGGCCGCUUCACGUCCGUGAACGGAGCCAUCUUGACGGCGCGAUGUCGAUGGGUCGCCGUCGGGUAGCGUGGAGAACGGAUCGAUUCGCCGCGUUUUUGCGAAAAAUUGCGGAGUUUAAUUCGCGGCUACAAAAUAUCGCCGUUUUUGAAAUUUCCGCGACUCACCUAGCAAAGCGAAAUACCCGGCGACAACUUUGUAAACUCGGUUUCGGAGUUUCCGUUCAUUUUUUAGCGCACCUGACAGAAUGCGCAUCGGCUCGCCGUAUAUGCAUACAAAAAAAGGUGCGGAUGUUUUGGGCUGGACGUGAUGCGGCGGAGGAGGGAUCGGGAGAGACAGAGCGCUCAUGGUGCUCUAUACCGGGGUGCGUGCGUAGCGGCACCGCGUCGUAUGGUAGUUUCUUUUCGUUGUAAAUGAUUUUUUUUACGUACCAGCGGCUUUUCGGGGAGUGCGUUUGUGGUGCCGGACGAUUUCGUUCUUGCCACCGUGUUCGCGUCGACGUGCGAGAGCGCACGCUUUUCGACUUUCGCCGUCUCGACGGAGCACCCGCAGUUUCACCCCAUCUCUCACGUCCAGCGACAGCGGCCUAAUUGCGGCAACUCCGACGCUGGCUGCGGUGGUCGAUCUUUGGCAUCGCGCCUGAUCCGCAUCGUUUGAACUCAGGUGGGCGUCCGAAACGGCGUCUGAUUGCGCUGCUUGUCUUUAGGACCGUUCGCAAUCGGACAGUGCAUGUAGUGUACCGGGAAACGAAUGCGUGAUAGGCUACUAGAGACCUAUGCAUUUGGGAGCGUACUCGCGAGACAUUCUUUCGUCACUGAUCGCCGGCUCCAUUACCUUUGAGGGUGUGUAUAUUCGGAGUGUUUAUUUCAAGAUACCUGAAGCCCACUGACAAGCAGAAGAAGUGCUCUCUUAGAUAGUUUGCCUGUCUGUACGUUUGAGUUGAAAUUGAUGGGAAAUUGGCGAACACGUAUAGUGGCCGGACAGUUAUAGGCAACGGAAAGAAGAGAGUUGACCAGAGGCUACAUUUGUAAGCCGUUUAGGAUCAAUCGUUCUGUCGCAUCGGCGCCGAUACGUCAAAGGAAAAACAGAAUGAGAAAGAUACGUGGGCCCCGGGUAUCGAGCUUCCGCUCGCCUUAAUUGGGACACGGCGCUAGGAAAUUGGAGACGACGUUACGUUUCAUUAUUAGCCUGCAAGGAGCAACGAGCACGUGGGUGUGAAAGGUCGGGCCACGAAAGAAAGAACAAACAAAGGGUGUGCUCUUCCUCUCAGGUGUCUGGCGCUGAUAUACUUGCUGUCGUUUUCGCUUUCGUCUUCACCGUCGCUUUUUUCGUCGUCUGCUCCAGGUUGCCGUCUGUGGCUGAGCAGCGCCACAAGAAGGAGAAGCCAUACGAAUCCUUAGUUCAUGACUCGUCACAAACGCACUACGCUAUUUAGUUCGCCAAAAGCGAAGAAAGACUCCCUUUUUCUUGAGCUCGAGUCGGUGUAAGUGGAUGAAUUUAUGCUGCUAGGUUGACUAGGUUGUUUUUUUUUUUUCGUCUUCACCUUUAGUGUUGUCGUCUGUGACGAAAAUAGAGUUGCCCGACAGUUUAUAACUUCCAGCUAAACGUGUGGAAAUAUAGGUACAGAAAAAAGGUGCCAUUUCAUUCUGCACAAGUCAGCGAGCGAUAGCCAGUGCCCAUACAGCUACCGAACGUCUUCGCUUUCGCUUUAGCAUAAGCUUUGCCUUCGACAAAGCCAUAAGAGUCGACAUUUUAUAGUGUCUAAAGUCUUACAUAAAGAAGGGAAAAUUUCUCUUGCUCAAGUCAGCAUUUGCCAGGUGCUCUUAGCGGCACUACUGCUAUAGUGCAUUUGUCGUUGUGUAUUCAGCUAUAACUUGGGCCAUUGCCGCCGCCGCCAACAACGGACGUCAAUAGUUGAGAAAACGUCUUCUCUUUAGCUCAAGUCGGCUUUCGAAAGGUGUUCAGCAUCGCUAAUCCUAACGUCUUCUUUUUCGGCACCGUCUGCACGUACUUGCCCCAUCCACAACCGAAAACAGACGACAUCCGAGUUGACCGGCGCCGUCUGUUGCGAGAUCUAAAACUUACACCGCUGUCGCCAACGAAGGACGUCACUUAGCAGUUUAUAGUGCCUAGUGCCGACACCAGAAAGGAAGACGUCUGCUCUUCAGCUCAAGUCGGCGUUCGAAAGGUGUUUAGCACCAUUACUCCUGUCGUCUUCGUCGUCGUCUUCUUCGGCGUCGUCUGCUCCGACUUGCGCCCAUCACCGAAAGAAGAUUUCACCCGAUUCCGCCGGCGUCGUCUGUCGCCAAGGCGAUUCCGAGAUGUUACUCGCGCCGUCCGAGAUUCACUACCUGCACGAUGACUCGGCCGCUGGCGCCUGCGUCCUUCCUCCGGACGUAGUCGACGAGCUCGGCCAGCGACUCGAAGAGAACCGAGAUCGCGUACCGCGGAUACAGGUCGUCGAAAAGGACGGGUCCUGGUUCGCCCUGAACGACUCCUACCUCCGCGUGUAUCGCGAGCUGGAGAGGCAGGGUCGCUGCCCGCGGGUCAACGUCACCGUUGUGUCGCUGAACAAGGUGCCGCAGGACUUGCAGAAGGGAAUGACUGUGACGUCGUCGGCUGCCACAGCCGUAGCCACAACCACUUCGGCGGUCGUUGUCGGCGCUUCUGCGGAGCAGGCUAGGUGCUGCGCCAAUCAGGAACACCACCAGCAAACCGGUGCUGCAGUAACCGCUGAGGCGCCAACGACUGCACCAGGUGCGACUUCGGGACCUCCAAAGGCCACGACAGCAACCGGUCGUCGACGUGCUGAAACACAAGGGCCACGCGACGCCAGUUGCGACGCGAGCGCCCCCCAGCGCCGUUGCUUCCUCAAGUGCCGCACCUCGGGCUGUGGUGCCGGCAGCGCGGGAAGCCGCAACCAGGCGCCCGGUCGCCCGGCACGCCCGACCGUUGAGUGUGCAGACAGCAGUAGCGACGACGACGAGGAGGACGAUGACGACGAUGACGAAGAGUACGACGACGACGAGUACGAGUACGAGGACGAGGACGAGUGCCUGACGUGCAGCGUGUGCGAGCGCUCUUUCCCGUCGGGCCGGCGCCUGUCCCAGCACCAGCAGCGCAAGCACCACUUCGGCUGCCCCGUGUGCGAGGCGCUGUUCCCCUCCCUCCUGGCCCUCGAGCACCACAGGGAGUCCCUGGAACACUGGUCGGACGACGAGCAGAGGCAGCCGCCCCGACCCAAGGCACCCGCAAAGCGGCAGCACCGUGGUGCUCGGACCUGCGACGUCGACCUGGAUGACGAUGAUGACCUGGACGACGAAGAGGACGACGAAGACGAGGAGUCGUCCGAGGACGACACCGACUCGGACGGUCUCGAACCGGGACCCAAGACGCAGGAGCUCGAACGGCUCUUGUGACUGCUGCGGGCGGGCGCCGCCCCUCCAGCAGUCGCAAGGGACGGCGCCAGGCGGCGCUGCUGCUGCGGCACUGACGUCACCCGCUACUGAAACACUCAGACGGACGGCAGACGACAAUGGCCCACGACUAGGUGGCAACGCAGUAGCCAAUGCCGAGACCCUUGUACCCAUGACCGCACAGGCAGACGACAACCGUGUGCUCUGUAGAUCAAAUACCGUUGUUUGCAGGCUACGAGCAACCAAACAUCCCGCUUUGUCGUACUUAAUUAUAUCAAUAGAAUACCCGGUAUUUCAACGGGUGGGAGCUUUUGCGCCUGUGGAAGUUUGCACUGGUUGAAGAAAAAAAAAUUUUUUUUCGGGGCGUUGUGCUCUUUCAUUGCCUAAAGAUUUCACUUUGGCAUAAGGAAAAGAACAAAGCCCGCAAUCGCUCCAUGCGACGUGUAUGAAUGCUUUUAUGACAAAAAUAAGCAUUUGCAUCGAGGUGUCGUGCAGAACAUCUCCCUUGUAGAAAACUAGGUGCUGUACCACACGUCGCUAGAUUAGUUACCUUGUUUUUCAAGGUUGAGGCAAAAACAAGGUGGCGUGUGCCAGAACAUCGCGAACAUCCGUGGUGUGAACGGUAUGCGAGCACACCACAUACUUCUAGCGUGGAAAAGCGCAUUUCUAAAAACUUCGAAAAGUGUCUUGCGUAAAACUAUAGUGUACAAGAACACUGUAGUACAGCGUAUCGAAAGCUGACACUGUGAAGAUUCAACAAUUAUUGGCUCACGUUUUUUUUGCAGGAGAUGACACCAUUUCCUCUUCUCAGUGCAAACUAGGCGAACAGCGUUGUCGUUGUCCAGCAUUCUACAAAUGCGACCAACAGGUCGCGCGCUGUUAGUGAACAAGGUCCACGGCAGGGCUGAGGGGUUGGAAAUUUAGAAAAGUCGCUAAUGUGUGACGUCAGUGCUCUGAAGCCAAAGAAAGCCUAAAUGACAAAUAUUCAUACUACGGUGUAAUAGAAUAUUCAGCUUUGUCAUACAGACCACAUAUUGCAGCAUUUCUAGGAGCCAGCCAUCUUACUGGCGACUGGGGGACCAGACGGAAAAAAAUAAAAAGACAACUGCGAUAACGCUCAGCCUGUUCUUAUCACAUGCUUGCUGCCAGUGCUCGCUCUCCAUGUCUUUGUCGUCAACUGCCCCGUCAUCAAACUGGCAGCCCAGCCAACACCACCUAGAUAGCACAAGGCCCUUUCACUCCGAUCCAUGACGUCAUAUUACUUGGCCCGACUGCCAUAAAAUCUAAUGGGGAUGCUCCCGAGUAGGCAACAGCGAUUUUAACGUCACCGCUGUCAUCACGCCAGUCUCGUCAAUGGAAAUUUCGGGCCAGGUGGCGUGACGUCAUGAAUCGGAGUAAACAGGCCUUGUGGCUAUCAAGGUAGAGCUGGCCCAGCACAUGCUUCGCCAAGAGCUGGUGACUGGGGUCGAGAUUUCGACUGCUUUCUUUAAACAGUUGUGCGAGAAUAACGUAUUCUGCUCCGUAGACCUGAACCUGUUACCGGCAGCCAGCGCUCUGGUGCCAAUUUGAAGACGGCGCAGCCGGCGACACUGCCAUGGAAGACCAAACGCUGAAUGUAGGUAGGCGUUAAGAACAGGCUGAGAGUCUUCUGCGGUUGUACUUUUGUUGUUUCGGCCAGUUACCACAGUUCCCGGCAGAAGAUGGCUGCCGCCUCGAAGGGCUACAACCUGUGGUCGAUAGGCACCAUGGGCUGCAACUUUGGAAAGUUGGCAACAACGCCAUACGGCAGGGCGUUGCGAGUGGUGGAAGAAAAAAAAAUUGAGGGACACAAUCAACAUUCGCCGCGAUAUCUUCGAUGGCGCGUUUAUCGAGCCAACAGCGUGCCAGAUCUGAGAAUGUCCACGUGCACAUGCUCCGUACGACUCGCCAUGCUCGCGAUUGAGAUUAGAAGCACGAACAUUCCCGAUCACGAACAUUCCCUCGCACGUAACGUUCAGACGAACGAUCUGGUGUGAACGCUUGUCAUUUUAAAUGUUGUCAUUUACAAAUGAAAGCGUCGGCGUGCCCUGUAGCAGGUGUGAGGGGUCUAUACUUUUUACUUGGAUACACCCAGCUCCAACAUAGGUCACGGCUUUAGGCAUGAGCCAGCAUUCAUUUUUUAUCUCAUUCAGUCGUCAUCACUCGCGAAAUGCAAUGACGGCUCGCUUCUCUAUUGAACCGCUCACUCAACCAGUUGAACUUCGCUGAAGCUUGCCGUUCUGAGACGCGUGCAAUGCGGCCUCGAGUGCCUACCGUUCACAGAAAUUCCGCGACCUGUUUCACGACGUGAAACUUGCACGUGAGACUAAUGCCGCUGUGGUGGCUUUCAAGUUGACGUACGCUACACAUCGCCUUUUCAGUCGACCGAAGACGUUGUAACCAAGACCGCCGGUAGCUUCUUCCCCAAGCUUCGGUGCCCCACCACAUGCCUUGUCGAGAAAGAAAUACCUCGCCAACACGUAUGUAGUUCUAGAAUAAUGGGUUGCAGCUGACACCCCGUCUGUUUAUCAAUGUGCUGCAUCAGGGCGUGUAACUCUGUACCUUUUGUGAUGUGAUCGUCAAGGAAAUUUAGGUAAACGUUUCUGGAUCUCUAGUAGAUCUCCCCUCAGCACAGCGGCACCACACGCCUUGCUAAAUAAAUGAAAGACCGCCCACUAGUAUCUAUAUAUGUGAGAAAAUGCCUCUAUACUCGUUGUGACGUAAUGUGCUACACAGUUUUCAUAGUUCUAACAGGCACCCACACGAUAACCUCUUCGGUGAGAAAGCUACGCUGCUCAUGAUGAGCAUGUGACUGUGAGCAGGGCAAAAGAAAAAGGUAUUUGUGAAACGUAACUGCGAUUUCGUGCUGCUUUCAGAUUAUCUGUUCCAAGACAUUUGCGGCUGUAUCUCUGCUGUGACUUCAUAUUUAACAGACUCUUCAGAAGAAAAAAUAGUCUAGUUUGAACGCACUACCCAACAAUUAUUUAAGUGCGCGCUGGUAGUCGGAAAGCAGUUUGUUCACCAAUUCCCUGCUGAUAAACAAGAAACAAGUAAGUGUAUAAUGACUUCGUAAUCCAUGUAGUGAGGAACGUCUUCCAGAUAAAACACUAGAUAUCCAACAGGACAAUGUCCGCAUAUUUUUGCUGCACCUCUAUUAAUGUGUUCGCACUGACCAUUCCUUGAAGCACCUCUGCGAGUUAGCUCGACUGGCAAGUUCAAUUCUGGCUAUCGACAGUAGUUCAUUUCAAGACGGAAGAGUCCGUAAAUUGGCCGUCACACAUUUGGGUCACGAUGCCGGCUGGGUACAGCACACGGUAGAGCUGGCACCUGACAUGCCUUUUUGUAGUGUGGAAAACGCUCAAGUCUUGACCGUACGCCUCACUUAGUGCCAAUGAGAAUGUAUUUCCCGAGAACUCGCCAAGGAAGCCAUGAGUUUCGGUUCGACAAAGCUGGCGCAUAUUUUUUUCUUUGUACGAAAAAUUUAGUCGGAAUCGUUAUCGGUGGUUCCCGAAUCCGAAAAACCUUUGCCUGAUGUGAUACGCGUAUAUUUGUGCCAGCCUUGGCACAGGGCUCUGCGAGAUCGUUUCUCAAAACCUCCCAUAGGCCCGUUGAGAGUCUGCUACGGUGAAAUGCUACGGGCCAGAUUUCCAUAACUUCCAACUGUUGCGUUGUGAACUUACAGCGCCGAAAUUGAAAGCACAAUUUGAAUGGCUCUGUAUUUCCUCCGAAAACACGGGGAACGCGGGAAAUGGAAAUCCAGCACGAUGAGCAAAUUGACAACAAGGUAAAAGCGGCCUUGUGCCAUAGCACUCCUUUAUUCUCAAUGCUACACCCUCUCCGCUAACACACCUUCGGUCAUUUCCUCACUCGUCCGCUUUACCCACUAUCCCCUUUAGAAGAACCCUACCUAUAGAUACUGUGCCGAGGUAAGCAUUUUUCGCCUUGAAAAAGGCCAGUGCACUUGUCGAAACAUUAGCUUACGCUUUUACUUUGUUGUCAUUUUGCUCAUCGUCCGUCUUUCCUCGUGAUUCUCCGCGCUAGUUGUACUACAGUGCGUAAUGGUAACGCGGGACUGAGACUGCUCAGUCCUCUAGGACUUCAACUAUCGCGGAAUUAGGCGCCCGGCUGUCGAAGCCUAAGGAUGCAGUGUUGGUGGAGCAUAGGCUGUGUUUUGGACGGGUGUUUUCCUAUACGACACACCGCCUUGUACCGGUCUGGCCCAAGAAUAGUCGAUGCGCGCAGGAGCGGCACUGUACUGGCCAGGCAGUACAGCGGUGUGCUCGCUGGCGCAACCAUAGAGUAUCCGACAAAAAAUUACUGGAACUGAACCCAGCGCUGCAGGAGAGCUGAAGGCAGGGGGCUUGAGCCAGCGCGGGAAUGCUGGGUACUAAUCUGAUUCGCGUAACCUUCGUUCUCUUGCCUUCAGGCGGCGCUGUGGUUUCGGAAAUGUAUCGUAAUGAAGGAAACAUCGCAUUUUAAAUGCAACGAUUCGCGAUGAUUGUGCGCGUGCGCAAAGUCUUAUCGCCUUCGUGCGGCCUUAAAGAAAACAAUAUCAGGAUUGUGAGAAAAUGUAGUCCGAAGAAGGCAGCUAAAGUGUAAUAAUACAUUGGGAAGAAUCAAUAAACGUUGGACAAAUAAAGUUUAUUCCUAACCUAUCCUGACGCAUAGAGACGCAAGCGCAGAGAUUCGACAAAUCCAUGUUGUUGCCGCAUGGGUAGAGAAAGUAAAAUAGGAAGAAGCAUUACGGCCCGUCGCCAGCCUUCGACAUCCAACUUCCCGUAUAGCCAUGCCCUCCGCAAUUUCUAUCCAUCAAUAAGUCGGCCCAACACGAGGCCCUGUCCUCUGUGUGCUCAUUCGGCCCGAUGCACUUGGUCAAUGCCUCCUAGAUAGCACAAGGCCUGUGAACUCCCAUUUAUGAGAUCAUGCUACUAGGCCCGACAUUUCUAUUUCCAAGCCCGGCAUUACAAAGACGGUGGCGUCAAAAGUAAUCGCCGCUUACUUGGGAGCAUUCUCAUAAGAUUCUAUGGCAGGUGGACCAGGUGCCAUGCCAGGUGCCAGUGCACAUGCCUUGUGCUAUUAGGAGGGGUUCAAGUACCAUGACGUUGCGGUUCGGUUCAGGCUGAAGUGGCCACCUUAACACUUGACUUCACGUUGUCCCAGCACAUGUCGACUUGUUGUUGGCACGUAUGAUGAUAUACUUGUUCGAAAGGCUAUUCAGGCCGAAUAUCACGGUUACUCCAUCUUCCAGGGUGCUAUGACUGUACUUCCGCGUUAAUUUUCGACGUGAAUUUCCGAUAUUCGUUGCGUAACCGCCCAUGAUGACGUCGGUUGCGAUCGUAAGCCGCAUGUCUUCUUUCGACGUCAGGUCUUGCCACAACUUCCUGAUGAACCCUCACAUUUUGAAGGCAUGGUUGCCUGUACUCACUUACCUCUUAUCCUCGAGGUGGUUCGCUAUAAGCGAAUGUUAGCUAAAAUGUUCGUAUGUGAAAAAAAGUGCUUGCAUGGUCGUGAUUGUUUCCUGUGACGCCAAACUUUAGAUCCAACCUCAAUGCACUGCUUUCCGUAACUAUGUCUGAUGAAACAAGGGCCCUUACUUAGUUCACGCCGUGUCAAAUAUAAAAAUGAGCGCGAUUAUUGCGACUUUAUUGUUGAAUGGGACGUUUGCAAAGAGGAACACAUCUUCAGUGAGGCAAUAUUUCCAGUAUCAUCCUAUAUUGCAAACUGUACAACCACACAACACCCAUUUGUGACCCCAUCGUUGAAGCUUGUUUUCCCGAGUCUCGUUCCGAAAACCUAUUGCGCAUGCCUACGGCUUGUUUGUGUAGCUUUACACAGGAACAACAGAAGAAGUCAUGCUUCAAGGUUCGAGCUUUUUUUUUGUUGUUAGUGGUGACCAUUGUUUCGUUAACAGAGCAAUCGCAGUUUUUUUUUUUUGUAUCUGUAAGGAAUUUUAAUGCAUCAAAGAUUACCCGCAAAGCAAAUGCAUAGGUCUGCUGUUUACAACUACCCAUCCUUCGUUCACCAAUUGCACACGCGGCUCUUGGUAAACAAUGAUUAGCGCAGACAGGUGCUUUGAUUCAUGCCUUAUUUUGAUGAUGAACAUUGAAAAAAUGCAAUUAUUGGUUUGCAGACUUUCUUGUUAGCGUUGAAGUUACGUGCACAGAGUGUUAUCGAUGACAACAAUAAAAAAAAUUAUGUUGACAUUGUUAUCGCGACCACGUCCCGAUAAACUGAAAUUACCAUCGUCUUGCUCGAGAAGUUCGCCUACUGAUUGAAACUUGCAGCAGGAAAGAAAAACAACAAAAGAAACGUCAAUUAUUCUGCAUUCUCCAGUGAAUGAGUAAAAUAUCGUCCUCACUGUUAGCGCCAGGGCGAGAAUAUAUAACGCCAGCUGCCGGACCCGCGAGAAAUUAGAGCGAGAAAUAUUUCAGCCGUUUAGAUGACCUGUGCGUGAAACCUCCCGCUGUUUCUCAAUACCAGAUUUCGUUUAUGCGUCGUUUUGCAAAACUGACCACUUGGCUUAAAUCACUGUCUAGUGCACAACCACCACGAUAGCGCUCUAGUCAGUUGUGCGCUAUCUUCAUGAAGUAAAGUUUUUUGUUAUUCAUUGAGGUGAAGCAGAUUGCCCAAGCUUGGUAUUACGACUGGCAAUACUGCCAGUCGUAAUACGCCAGUCCAAUACGCCAAUACUGCCAGUCGUAAUACCGGGCGCCGCAGAUAACGUGGAAGAUGUUCAAAAAGAAAGCGAUGCGUCCUGAGCGGAUGCGACCAACUUUUGUUUAUAAGAGUCUCUUGGAGAUGCUUUUUUUUUGUGUUCGUAAUAAGAAUGAUUAGUACCUAACAUUAAUGAAUUCUCUGUAAUUAAUCUGGCACGAUGCCAACGCAAGGCCUGUAGGACGCAUUUGAAAACGUCAGUUUCAGUUUCUUGCGUUACCAUUUGCGUUAUCACUCGCCUAGCCCCCUUUUUUUAGCGUUUAGAAAGAGAGAGAAAGAGACCACGAAUUCACUGAAAAGUCGUCAUGGCUCGCUGCUUGUAUACGCCAAAGCUGCUUUCCUUUAAAUAUAGAAAAAAGAGCUGUGGGAAAGAUAACGCGUCACAAACAACUAAUGGGAUGUUUUAACUGUGCUCCACGAAUCUUGUAUUUACAUAGUGACUUAAGAGUUAAUAAUAAACAGCUUAGUUAAGAAAUCAGCACAGAUUGCUCUAAGUAACAAAACAAAGUAAUACAGGAGGCUUCUCCAAGUGGUUGCUGAAAACACGAAGUUGGUGUCAUCCCCACAGAACGUUUCACUUUUCUAACGCCAUGUUCCACGUUGGCUGGGACACCCUAAAUGUGCAGUCAACCACAAAAGUUCACGGACCACGGGGUCUCAGAAAACGUUCAAUUUCCGAGUAGCUUGUAAAAGUAGUCAGUAAAACCGAACGUCACAAUGUUGUUCACAUAUACUAGUAGAGGCUGUAAAUGCGAAUACUGGGCCGCGCUGUAAGGCUGCGCAUAUAUUGAGCUUCUUUUCUCAGAUCACGUGUUCCGUAAAAUUUUGUAGCUGACUGUACUUGCUCCUCCACCAAGUCGAGUCCGCUCUUUGAGAAAGCAAACGGCAGAUUGCAGCUGUGGCGAUCUCUGGGUAUUUAUAACCUGGAACUUCCAUUUGCGUCUCCCUGCAAAAAAUUACCUUGCACCCAUUUUUAGUAACAGGAAAAAAAGUACGUCCUCUUGUACAGUCUCCACGAUUUAUUUUUGGUUCGCGUAAUCGGCUGUUCCUAUCUGCUGUCUUAUAUAAGCACUCUGUCUUCUGAUAGAACUUACAAAUAUUUGUAAGGAUGGUGUCAUGUGUUUGGCUAGCGUGUGUGCCUACAUGUCCAGCAUAAUUGGUGUUUGCUAAGCGUUAUUGCCACUGUUUGUAACUUAAGGCAAUGUUUGCGAAUGCUUAGCCAUUUCGCGCUGAGCGCCUGCAACUGAUAGCACAGAGCAAAACGACACACACAGACACACAUGCGCACACUCACACGCGCACACACGCGCGCGCGCUUCGACAUGAUAAGCUGUCAAGAUAAGAAUGAAAAAGCCCUUGAUGCUAUUGACAGUGUUGAAGCUUAAGGCGGCGCGUGUGGUUUCUUCUACAGAUAGUUGUCUAUGAACAUACUGUUCAGGGCAUUGAAUAUACAGAAUUUUUCGUAAAUAGAAGCACCAGAUAUACGAGGCUCUCCCCCUGUCUCAAAAACCGGCGACACGUUCCGGCAGAAAUUUCAGGCAAAGCUGGGGAUUUUGUGGUGGAUGCAGUUUAAGUAUAGCACGUGGCUACGUUGUCUGCUUGUUCAAGUUAAUAUAUAAGUUAGUAUCUUCUACGGCGAUGCUAAGCAAGAAGAGCGCAAGAUUUUCGAGAAAGAAACGUGACGAAUGCAUCACCAAACUAGCAUUUUAAAAGUGCGUUCACCGUAAAAUGCCACAUCGGCGCAAAAUUCAAUGUUUAGGCGCGAACAGGCGAGGUCACUGGUUAGGACGGGAAAGCCACGCAUACCUGGAGCUCUUAUCUAAUCAGCAGUCGGUACAAUUCGCAACCACGUAACCCUAUCACGCAUACUCGUGAAUGGUCGUUGUGUAAUAACAAUAAAAAAGAAACCCUUGUGCUCGCACUAUGUGCCCUCAACGUGCUCACUAAUAACCUCAGUUAAGGUUCUGAAGAAGCGUGACAUUUGGUAUGCGUGGAACUCUAUAGGAGAACUACGCUACCUACGUUUUGUGCGUGAAUGACGAAGCAGAAAAUGUUGGAGAUGAAUUGUUACUGUGAACAAGAUGUGUAUACCGUGACGUUCAAUAAAAAUUUGUCAAACUCGCU